AUGAAGCAAGGAAAGGUUUUGCAAGAUCGGUUGGGCCAUUAUAAGUCCCUAGACCCGUGCGCUGUUUAUCCGCCAGCACCUACUCACUCGGGUUCACUCUCUUCUCCUCCAUCCCCAUACAGCCGCGGCCAGCCACCUUGGGCUUUGGCCACGCCGCUGACCCCCUUGGGCUUUGGCCACGCCGCUGACCCCUCACCGCAAGCGACCCUUGCUGCGGGCCACUACCAUCGAACCAGCCGCGACGCGGCCAAUCGCCUUGGGUCAUCGCAGCUUCGCCACCUCGCCCUAACCCGUGCCUUCAGUCGCGGCACCUCCACCACCUCACCGCGUCAGCAACACCGCGAGGUGCCUCGCCGGGGUCCCAAGGUGGUGUUUGAUUGGGGAGUGGUGGUUUUGGUCUCAUUUCUAGUUUGGGAUUGGAGUAUGAGUGUGGUCAGGGACGCUGGAUUGUGGAUCACUGCAGUCUGGGGUUGUCGGCCCUGCGUUCUGAUUAGGGUUGUCGGCCUCUCGUUCCGAGUAGGGCUGUCGGCCCCGCGCUCCGAUUUAGUUUAUGGACGGAACUACUUGCAACCUGUAGCCCAUACCUAUUAUUCCCAGCAACAAGCUUUCCCUCAAGCGCAGGUCGCUCAAGGUUCAACAUCUCAACUCAAACAUUCCAACGAUGGCCCUAGACCCGUGCGCUGUUUAUCCGCCAGCACCUACUCACUCGGCUUCACUCUCUUCUCCUCCAUCCCCAUACAGCCGCGGCCAGCCACCUUGGGCUUUGGCCACGCCGCUGACCCCUCACCGCAAGCGACCCUUGCUGCGGGCCACUACCAUCGAACCAGCCGCGACGCGGCCAAUCGCCUUGGGUCAUCGCAGCUUCGCCACCUCGCCCUAACCCGUGCCUUCAGUCGCGGCACCUCCACCACCUCACCGCGUCAGCAACACCGCGAGGUGCCUCGCCGGGGUCCCAAUGGUGGUUUUGGUCUCAUUUCUAGUUUGGGAUUGGAGUAUGAGUCUGGUCAGGGAUGCUGGAUUGUGGAUCACUGCAGUCUGGGUCUUAAUGAGAGAGGUUGUCGGCCCCGCCUUCUGAUUAGGGUUGUCGACCCCGCCUUCGGAUUAGGGAUGUCGGCCCGUGCUCCGAUUUAG